CCACUUAAAAAGAACAGUGACCGCUCUUUAGGUCGAAAAACUGUAGGAGUAGGAUCACCGUUGCCUAAUUUCGUGUUGCCUCCAAACUUGUACUAGAACCAAUUCAUCAACAUGUCUUCUUUCUCGCCACCAUCAUUUGACAACGGUUUUGACAAAGAAGCCUCCAGCACCUUCAACUCAUUCCUCGUCGUCUUCGUCGUCAUCGCGGUGCUGAGCAUCUUGGGAUCCGUCGCCAUAGCCUACUUCGUGUACAGGUGCGUCCGAAAGAGCGGCCUCCCCGCCAUCAACAUCAACACGACCCCCGUGCCGGCUGCGGCGGCCGAGCCGGGGAGCACGGCGCUCUACGCGGUGGUGCCGGACUCCCAGAUACGGGACGCCACCGUGGAGCGGUUCCUCAAGGAGAUCGCCGGCGAGAAGCCCAUCCGGUUCACCCCGCAGCAGCUCUCGGGCUUCACCAACAGCUACUCCGCCCGGCUCGGCGCCGGCGGCUUCGGCGCCGUCUACAAGGGCAUGCUGCCCAACGGCCUCACGGUCGCCGUGAAGCGCCUCCACCCGGGCCACGACGACAGGACCUCGCAGGAGCAGUUCAUGGCGGAGGUGGGCACCAUCGGGAGGACGCACCACAUCAACCUCGUCAGGCUCUUCGGCUUCUGCUACGACGCCGACGUGCGCGCGCUGGUGUACGAGUACAUGGAGCACGGCGCGCUUGACUCCUACCUCUUCGACGGCAGCCGCCGCGACGUCGGCUUCCAGACGAGGCGCGCCAUCGCCGUCGGCGUCGCCAGGGGGCUCCGGUACCUUCACGAGGAGUGCCAGCACAAGAUCGUGCACUACGACAUCAAGCCCGGCAACGUCCUCCUCGACGGCGCCCUCACGCCCAAGGUGGCCGACUUCGGCCUCGCGCAGCUGCUCAACCGGGCCGACACGCACAAGACCGUCUCCGGGAUGCGCGGCACGCCCGGGUACGCCGCGCCGGAGAUGUGGAUGCAGGCCGGCGCCAGCGACAAGUGCGACGUCUACAGCUUCGGCAUCCUCCUCUUCGAGAUCCUCGGCCGGAGGAGGAACUUCGACGAGGCCGCGCCGGAGAGCCGGCAGUGGUUCCCGAAGCUGGCGUGGACCAAGUACGAGAGCGGCGAGCUCAUGGAAGUCGUGGAGAGCUGCGACGGCGCGGGCGAGCAAGACGAGAAGACGACGCGCAGGAUGUGCGAGGUGGCGUUCUGGUGCGUACAGCAGCAGCCGGAGGCGAGGCCGCCGAUGGGCGUGGUGGUGAAGAUGCUCGAGGGCGAGAUGGACAUUGCCCCGCCGGCCAACCCGUUCCAGCAUCUCAUGGCAACGCCGGCGGCGGCAAACCGGUGGACCACGACGACGAGCUCCGUAAACACGACGUUGACUCCGGCAAAUGGUGUCUCUCGUGGUAACACCAACGAGAUCGUUAAGCUAUGAUACUGUACAAAUGGCGUACCCGUAAGCCCAAGGAAAUUCACCGUACAAAUGCUCGUAUGCUCUUGCGAUUGCCAUGCAUUGAACAAUAGACAUAGAACAAGCCAUAGAACAUAGGCAUCGAUUAAAAUUGCAUUUAUUUCCUUUCUUUUUCUUUUGCGGCUUUAUGUGAUGUUAUCCACAACAAUUGUUAUGUGAUCGAUUUUGGUUGCUUUUAUAAUAUAAAAUGAAGAACCUUUUUCGGAGAUUGAUUAAAAUUAAGGUUUCGUCUAUGCGCUCUCAUGCGAUUGCUGAGCAUUAUGAGCUCUUCUAUGUUGCCCUAGUGUGGCCAAAUUCCCGGUUUUGAUCCAUUUUGCUAAUUUUAGCACGAUUAACCCCGUUUGCAGAAAAAAUAAAAUCAAAUCUAGUCCUAUAUCUUACCGUCAUCCACUGUAAUGAUAGACAUACACCCUACCAUCACUCGGAUCAAUGCAAAUGGCGUUAUUUGACCCCAUUGACCCAACGGUAUCAUCUGCAUCGACCCGACCCCUACAGCCACAAGGAGUGGCGAUAGGGUGUGUAUGUGCACCACCACAACGGGUGGCGAUAGGAAAAAUGGUUAGAUCCAAAAAAAGAAAUCACGGAUGGGAUCAGAUCAGACUAAGAUUGUGUUUGAUUGAGCUGCAGAUUCUAGAAAAGCUGUUGUAGAAAAGUUGAUGUGGAGAAGC